GGCACCAUGAUGCCGGGCGAGACCCAUUCGGCGGCGCCGGCGACGGCGGCGGACCUCUCGCGCUGUCAGGGCUGCGCCUCUCUGCAGCAGAAUUUGAAUGAAUACGUUGAUGCAUUAAUUACCUUGAAGCAAAAAAUUAUUAACACCGAUAAUUUGUUAACAGAAUAUCAGAAGAAAUGUGAUGAGCUGCAGUUUGCAAGAAGAGAGAAUAGUACUCUGCAUCACCAAGUGGAACAGAUGCUUCAAAAAAUUUCUCCUCUGCAGAAAUGUCAGGAAGAACUGGGAUUUUUAAAAGCCGAAUUGGAAGAGAAAAAGAGUUCUCUAAAGUUGUAUCAGGACACUCAUCAGGAAUAUGCUCGUGUGAAAGAAGAAUGCUUAAAAACUGAUGCUCAGAAGAAGAAGCUAGAAGCCAAAGUGAAGAAGCUGGAAGAGGCUGCUGUCAAGCAAACUCAGGACUUCAAGCAACUAAGGAAUGAAAAGAAAAUACUUGAAAAGGAAUUUAAGAAGACACAGGAAAGACUCGAUGAAUUUUCUAAGCAGAAAAAUGAAAGGGAACUGAGACAUAUUGGAACACAAAUUUCAAGUGAUUCUUACGGAAGCAUCGAUAAAAGGAAGGUAAAACUGCUUCUGAAGGAGCUCUGGCUGUGCAUCAACACCACACACAGACUCCCUGGUGAGGGCGGCAGAUGCAUCCCAGAAAAACCUGCCCAAGAAUACUGCAGAUCCAUAGAGUCCGGGGAAGAUGGGGUGCCCCCUGCAGCAGAUGGCAGCCCCGUCCGCACCUCAGCAGUGCAGACGUGCCUGGCAGAACUGUCUAUGGAGAUCGAGGGUGACUUCUCUGCCUGUGAGGACGUGGGCAGAGCAGCAGGUCGCGACAAUGGCCUCUCUCAAGAGGACCUGAAUCCUGAGGCUGCGGCGUGGAAGAGUGGGGCUCAGGGCCCAGGUUUCGACGAGGACCUCCAGGCUGCGGUUGACUUCUUCAGGCUGCCUCCGCCUCUGCUGUCCCCAGUGCCCUCCCCGCCGCUGGCGUCGCCGCCUCACCUGGGCGUCUCACCCUCCCUGCUUGCACCUGAACCCUUCUUUGGAGAGGGUGCUGACUCCAGCGAUUAUGACUUGGCCCCACGUAGGAACUCGGAGCCUGUGGCCAAAGAAGAUCCGCCUGAGGCCCAGGACCGCUGUGGCUUAUCUGGAGAGAGGAAAGGAGCUGGAGCCUGGGAGGAGCGGCCCCACACCCGCAAGGCCGCCCCAGCUCUCAGCGCGGGGACCACGCUCGGCUUUGGGACCUUCGCAGCAACCCUGAGGGGGCCCGCAGCCUCAUUCACCUUCGCUCAGGAGCAGCUCUGGACCGUGUCCUCUGAGCUUGGGAGUGGGAGAGAGAAGGGUGUUGUGGACGAGCCGGGCAGGCACAGAGAGGUCGGGCAGAAGGACAGGUUGGUGCCCACAGUGUGGACACGUCCUAGAGCGCUGGGCGGUGAGCCUGCUGAGAUGCUGUCGGGCGGCCUGGCUCAAGAGGAGGGUGUGGCUCGUGGUCAGUCAGACCCACGUCCCCCUGCCCUGGGCCUGCAGCCGCUCAGGGAGCCCGGGGCACCUGAUGGGAAGACCCUGCUGAUCCCAGGGAUCGAAUCACCCAAGUUAGAGCUGGCCAGGUGGACGCUCACUGAUGGAACUGCUUCAGAAUCAGGGCAGCAGUCAGCCUCUGGUCAUUUCCAGGGACAGCCUAGAGCCUUGGAAAAGGAAAGAGGAGCCACGCAGGGGUGCAUUUUGGGCGCGCCCCCCACCCCGGGAGCCACGGGGCUCGGCCUGGGAGAUGUGUGGUCUUGCUCCUCGGCUUCAGGCCCCUCCCCUCUCUGUGGCCGCCACCCAUCUCCCUCGGGGCUGGAGGAUGGCGGUGGUCCCGCUGUUCCCCCUGCCGUCAGCCCUCCCCGCCCUCGCGGCUCAGAGCAGACCGCACCCGCUGCCAGGGUGACUGCGGUGGAGGUGCCCCCCGAACCCCCGGGGUGCUCCUCAGGAGGGGCCCGUCUCGAGAGCAGCUUCCCGACUCUGAGUCCCGUGUCAGGGGUGUCUGGUCCUUUUGGUCAGAGGAGCGGGCCGCUGGGAUGCGCAGCCUUUGUGAAGGACUUCAGCGAUGCCCGCUCGCUCCCGCAGCCUCUGUUCCCCCCGCGCUCGGCGUUCCCUGGAUCGGCCGGCAUUGGACUAGCUGCGGGGCAGGCGCUGAGGGUGGAGCUCGCGCCCGCUCGGACAGGUUUCAGAGCGUCGCCGGGGCCUGCGUCCAGCUUGGUCAGGAGCAGCUUCGGCUUUGGCAGGAGCGCUUCCUGGCACCACAGUGACCUCUUGCGGCGGGGCGGUGAGGCCAGGCCCCGGGCCGCGUGGUCUUCGGAGGGCAGUGGGUCGGCGUCCGUGUUUGCCGGCGAGGACCGCAGUCCUGCUGCGCCCCAGGCCCCCACAUCCGUGCUGCCCAAUCAGGUGUCGGUGAUCACCAGGCAGGCACGGCCUGGUCCCGCACAGCCUGCCCGCCCGGAACCCCUGGCGCCCCACAGUGACACCCGGGCUGGCUGGCCAGGGUGUGGAGCGCAGCGUGGCAGGGAGAGGGGGUCCCCCAUGCAGAGCAGCGCUCGGAGCCCUGCCUCAGGAGCCCCCGCCUCCUGGGGAAGGUUAGAUUUUGAUGCUCUAAGAGGUUCUUUCCCAGUAGAAAAUUCCCAUCAUCCUACAGACUGUAAAUCCUCAUUCUCUUCUGAGAACAUCCCAGUCCCAAACCGGGACGCUGUGACGGGUGCUGCGGUGCAGGAAGAGGCGCAGAAGCGGAGUCCCGGUCUUGUGGCCACAGGCGUGGACACGGCCAGCUUGGAUGUAGAUAAACGUCCAGACACGGAGCUGACUCUCUCCAGAGGUUUUCCUGCUGGAAAGGCAGUCAGGUGCCCUGGGGCAGCUCUGGCGGUUUCACAGGCCCCGCCUGCCCUACAGCAUGGCCUGAAGGAACACCUGCAGCUGGAGUCUGCGAGUUCUGGCCACACGCCUCCUGAAGGCCUGGGCGCCGCUAAGACCGCGUCUCCACGCACUGCCCCGUGCUGUUACAGUGGCAUCCGGGAGGCGGGCGGAGGCGACACUGAGGUGGAGGAGAGCGAGGCGCCCAGCGGCAGCGAGGGAGAGCCCGAGCCCGAGCCGGACCCGCACAGUGGGCACCCCAGGUGGGGUGCGGGGGCUGCAGAGGCUGGGCCUUCUGUCGAGGUGGGCUCCCUGACCUCAGCUCUGCAGGACUUCAACAUCAGCACGCUCUCUGAGAUGGACAGGCUGUCCACGUCCGAGGUUGCCAUGUUUCUUGAAAGCUGUCAGCUGAGAGACUGUAGCUCAGCGGACUCCGUUUCAGAAUGUUCUAGCAAAGGAACACUGACUAGAGGAAUGAAGGAGGAUUUGAAGCACAGCAGACCAUCAGGAGAAGGGCAUGGAAGUCAGCUCUGUGAAGAGGAAGCGCUGGAGACCUCUGAAGAGUGGGUGGAGUCGGAGGAAGACGACUGUCCUUUGCGGGCUCAGCUCCCUCGCUGCUCCCUGGAGACGCUGUCCGAGGUGCUCACCAGGCUCGGGCAGGAGAUGCAGGCCAGCCAGGAGGACAGCGAGGCGGAGGAGGCUGCGGGGCUUCUGCUCCUCAGAGGGCCUGAGAGCGCGAUGGCAGAGCACUUCCAGCAGCAACUGCCACCUCUGGACACAGCCAUCACUGCCUCGCCCACGCCAAGGGCCGGCGUGCACACUACUCAGGGUGGCUCUCCUGCCCGUGCUGAACCCGGCUGUGAACGCGUGCAAAGCACGCCUGAGGGCCUUGUGGACGCGGUCGGGCCGGCAGGCAACAGGGAGGAGGUCCAGUCAGAACCCACAGAGCCCUCGGUCCCCACCACUGACCCGGGGUCGGGGCCAGAAGAGGUGAGGCUCCAGUGUCAGAUCUCCACGGUGACCUCUGAGGUCAUCAACGUGCUCUUCAACAAGGAUCAGAACCUAGUCAUUGAGAAAGGGGACAACUGGACCAUCAUCAACGGGGUGGCGCUCAUGCCGGAGCUGGGCCAGGUGAUCCUGUGUGACGCCCCGGAGGACCCCCCCCUUUCCACCCAUCCGGAAGAGCUGGCGGCUGGUUUCCUUUUGGUUCCUCCCGUGGAGAGGUCCCCAGAGGCUGGUUGCCCUGGCUCACCUCUUCAGGAGCCCCCGUGUGCCCACAGUGCAACUGGAACCCAGGAGGAUAUCUCAAGCAGCGGGCAGAGUGGUAACUUUGAUAAAAGUCGUUUGCGAAACAGACCUGUUAAACCCAGCGUGAGGAUCAGCUCUGAGAUAUACGAUCAGAACUUUGAGUCGCAGACUGCUCCAUUUGAUCACACUUAUUAUAACUCGAAACUGGAGCCACUGGGCAAAAACAAGAAUCGAUCAAAGGUUUCAAACAGAGAUCAGUCCAACAAGCCAGUCAAGACUCUGGCAUCAGGCCAAGUUGAAACCGCUCAGCGUGAAGUCUCUCCGUCGUCUUCAGGGGACAGAGGUCACGGAAAACCCCAGAGAAGUCACACGCAGACCAUCCUGGCCAAUGCCGACACGUCCACACCUGCAGACUGCUGCGUGGACACGCUGAGCAAGAUACGGCAGGAGGUGGGCCCCCCACUGCCCCCGCUGCUGGCCCCCCUGAUCGCCACGCCGCCGAGGACGUCCCGGCUGGCAUCUCCCCUCAUCUCCAGCUCCAGCCCCUCCUCGCCACUGUCCCCACUCUGCCCAACAUCCCCGUCGUCCGAGCCCCUGGCGCCUCCUGUGGCGUCCCCGCUGCUGGAGGAACCAGGACCCUGCUCUCCUCCGUGUGCCUCCCCAUCCCCAUCGUCCGCGCCGGCCGGAGACAGGGUCUUGUCGUCUCCACUGCAGUUCUGCGCAGCAACCCCAAAGCACGCCCUCCCAGUGCCCGGCCGCCUGCCCCCACUUGCACCUGCCCAUCCUGCGGUGACAGCGCCCCCAGAGAACUCUGUGAAGAUCCUGGACACCAUGUACCCAGAGCUGUCUGCCCGGGCCCGCACCCUCAACAUCCUCAAAGGGAACAUCCAGCUCACGCGUGGCCCGCCGGCCGAUCGUAAAGGCCUGUCGGGGCCUGUGGGCACCAUCACAGGCUUCCAAGCCAUCGCUUCCAGCUCCACCGCCUUCGUGAAGGCAGGGGGUAGCUCCAGCAGCGACGGCAAGCACAACAAGGCGGGAGGCCUGGGGCCUCCGCAGGACCUGGCUGGGAAAAGGACGCUGUCUGCCAGCGCACUGAGGAGCGCCAAGAGGCUGCGCCUGGACAGCGGGUCCCCAGAGCCAGAGCCCACCCUGGAGGGCAUGGGCCGCAGCCCCCGGACGGACACCCCCCAGGCUGCAGCCCUGAGCACAGAGAAGGACAGGCAUACUCUCCCAGCCUCGCAUUCCCCCCCCAGCCCUGAAGAAACCACAGAGUCCCCCGAGAGAGCCAUCGCGGAGGCCCUGAGAAAAAUCGGGGAGGCGACCUUUGACCUGUUACCUGUCAUCCGGAGUCACGUGUAUGUGGGAAACAUCUCCACAAAGCCGGUGAUGCGAGACCAGGAGAAGGACGUUGUCUACGAGUUCAGCACCACAAAAAAGCAUUUAGCAGAGAGCUUGCUUCACUCUAUCCUCUCAGAGCUGAAAAGUCAGAAGAUGUCCGUGGAGCACAGCUACAUCCACGCGCUCUGCAGGGUGUACGUUGGGGUCUGCCGGCAGCUGGGAGACCUGGAGAGGGCGCGCCUCUUCUGCUACGGCCUGCUCAAGGAAGAUUUUCCAGAGUCUGAGAAAUUGACUUUGUUCAUUGCAAACAUGUGGCAUGAUGUAUUUAUCUCUCAGUCGGUGAUUAAUAAGGCGAUGCAGCUGGUAGCCAGGCAACGCGCCAAGGGAGAAGUUCUGAACUGUUUGCGCGCCUUCCUCAAUUGGGAGAAGAAUGCGCCUGUAGAUGUUGGCUUCAUGGUUUCUAAGCUGCUUUUGACCAUACAGUUAUGUCCAAAAACAGAAUUUCAGCCCAGUGCAAGGUUUGGGGAAGACCUGAGUGAUAGCACUUGGGAGCAUGUAUGUGCCAUCGAUCUGCUCUGCUGCCAUCAGAAGUGGGUUUGGACGCACGACAACAUUAUCAGCAAGGAGCUGUGGCCUGUAAUGGAUAGGUGGAUAAAGUACAGAAAAGGGCAUCCGAACAUCGCCUACACUCCUGAUAUCAUCGUAGCGUCAGUUCUGAGGCUCAUCGGUCGUUUAGGUCAGUUGGGUCUGAAGGAAGGGUUCCCAUCUGCGGUGAAGAACAUUAGUACGGUGAUUGGUAUGUUUAUCCAGCAUGCGCAGGAUGAAGAUAUCCCAUGGGGGGUCCAGCUGGCCGCCGUGUAUGCCCUGUGCGACCUGAGCCCCAGCAACCCGGCGGAGAUCUCCAAGAUCCUGGAGGCCUGGCGCAGGGAGACGGCGCGCAGCGUCCCUGCCGCGGUGCUUGGUGCCCUGGACGAGGUGGGCGCGCUGUGCGCGGAGGGGCGAGGCUGAGCGCCCGCGCCGCGCCCAAGUGCCUUCACGCGUUUCGGGGCCGGUGGUCAGCUGGCCUCCAGGAUGCAGCCCCGGGCCCUGGGGAGAGGCUGGGCUGCACCCCCUGGGCCGAGGCCGAGACACCGGGGCUGGCCCUGAGCCACGCACGUCUCCCUUCCGGUUGUGGUGAGCACGGACGUUUGGACUGGAAUUUGUGUGUCUUGGUCAAACAACAGAAACUUGAACUUAGCCCUUUUUUGCUGCAGAAAGUGUUUUUUUUUUUCUUUUUUUGGUCGCUUUUUGAAACUGAGUGGCAUUUUGUAAUGAGUUUAAUAUAAAAACAUUAAUUUGGUUCCUGAGCCAGUUUUGGACCUUGUGCCCAAAUAACUGACUGGGAGCAAGUGUGGCGGAGGCUGAAGACUCUGCCAGUGUCCUCACCGGCAGGGGCUGCCGCUGCUCAGGAUAGAGACCCGGGGCACCUCUCCCGCCGCUCAGCCCACGCCCCGGGAGGAGAGAGCGAGCCCAGACUCGCAGAGUCUGCACCCAGCCCUGCGCAGGCGGGCCCCCGCGUGUGCCCUGUAUAUACGGACAGCCAACAAUGUGUCUCACAUUUGAUGAUAUUCCACUUUUCGGAAUUUUAGUAUUUGUACAGAGAAAAACGGGUUUAAUAACUCACCCUGGUCCUGAUUUGUCCACUAGUCAUCAUUUCUUAAAAUUCUUGUAUGUGUUUUUUUAUAAUAAAAAGUGAAAGUAAGCCAUGCACAUGAGUCCUGGUGAGUACAGAGUGACCCUUGCCCACCUUCUACUCCAGCCAAAGAUGAAGUGAGCGCCCAGUGCUGACCAAGGACAGGAGCCGCCGCCCGGGAGCCUCCUCCGUGGACACGGGCACGGACACCACGGGGUGCUCACUGCCGCACCCUCCAAGGCUUUCGGGGUUGGCAGACCCCACGCCAGCACUGCCUGGCCCUCAGUGUUGGACGUCUCCGUUUAGCUAGAGAUGUUCCCCUUAGAAAAUUACCUCUGACAACUGUUUUGUUACUCCUUCCCCCGUUUUUAAAGGAAUUAUAACAGAUGGAGAUUUAUAAAAAGAAACCUCUGCCUCGCC